AUGGCACUCCUCGCCAAUGUCCUCGCUGUCGGCCUCGGUUCUCUCUUCAACGAAGGACCAAUGAUAGCAUCCUACCCUCAGAUAAUGCAUCCUGCAUUUGCCCCAAAAUUCGACAACAAUUCUGUGUCUGGCUUUGGACGGUUCCUCACGUCGAACUUGGUCAUCUCUACGCAAUAUCAAGACCAUUUAUACAUCGCCAUGGCAAACAUGACCUCGGGAACCACGCUGCCCCCUUGGGUGUCGCAGGAGUACUUCUUCCAGAGAUACACAUUUGAGGAAUCCAAGGAAUCACAGCCCGAAGACACUUAUAAUCUCCAAACCCGAGGAUUUGGGGCCAGAGGCAACUGCACUCCGGUACCUGCUCGAAAUGUUCCAAUCUUCAAGGACGAUGUCAACCAAACCAGGCUCGAUGAAGCCAGAGACGAGUCUUCUUGUGGAAGUCCAGUUGACUGGGCAAGCCGUGACAUGCGGGAAUCAACUACAAACCGUUCUACCGAGCGGUCGGCGAUAGAAUUCUGCGGUACUAUCAACAGCUCUGCCGGAGCCAACCCCUGUGGCAGGUCCUUGGUUCUGGGAUGGGGUAGAACUCCCAAGGCUGAAGAUAUCAACGGGACAAUAGAAGGAAGCUUCAUGGUCUGUCGACCGGUUUUUGAGACGGCAAUGUUCAACCUCACAGUCGACAAGGCAGGCCGUGUCCUUUCCUAUAACCGGGUAAGCGACAUCGAAAGCACCCUCGAUUAUCCUGACUCGGAAAACCACACCGAAACUCUCUUUCAGAAUGUCAACCAUCACUGGAACUCGCAGACUGCCUCAUGGCACAACGACACAACUACAAGAGAUUGGAUGAAUUACUUGAUGAUGAUCAGAUUGAGCUCGAGAUCAGUCGUCGAUCCAACGGCUCCGUUGCCAGACCCAAAAAAACUAAUCGGCACUGUCGAAGACAUUUAUCGCCGUCUCUACGCAAUCAUGCUCAGUCUGAACGAGCAACUUUUCGAGAGUGCGAGCGACAAAAAAACUGUCACAGGCACACGAUAUACAAAGGAGACGCGUAUUUUCAUGGAACAGGCUUCCUUCAUCAUCACAAUGACUGUCCUGUCACUGAAUACAGCCGCUGCUCUGCUAUUCUACACGAGAGCCGUUGCCUUCGUUUUGCCACGCAUGCCGACGACUGUUGGGUCGAUCCUUGCGUAUGUCGCUUCAAGUAGACUUGUCACCCCUGCUUACAGGGUCGCUCCCGGACAAUCGUCUCGCACACUCAGCUUUGGGAGAUACAUUGGAUUGGACGGAAAUGUCCAUAUAGGAGUAGACAUGGAUCCCCACGUCACGCCUGUGAAUCCCUCGUCCCUUCGAGCCAAAACCGGGUUUCUCAGGCGUUGGCGUAGAAAGCGCUGGGGACAGGAAGACCAGUCAGUGAAGGAUGGGACUUGGUUGUGA